CACCUUAAAAUUCCAGAGAACCCCACCUUCCGCAGAUGCUAACGUCUUCAUCUCUAACUCUAAGCUCCCAAAAAAAAACCUGAGGGGUUAAAAAAAAAAAACUCAAAAGCAUAAGCUGCUGCAAUACCACUCUCCUCCGCCAUGGAGAGCGCCCCCACCAUUUUCAGCCGACCACCGCCUCCCUUCCCUGCACCGCCCCGCAGCGUCGAUUUGUCCCCGCUUGAAUUCGUCCUCGCUCUCGUCGCCGUGGUCACCAUCCCCGCCUUGGUCUACACCUUCUUCUUCGCCGUGAAGUGCCCUCCCAACCCUUUUCGACGACGCCACAGGAGCUUCUCCGGGAGACUCUCCAGCGACAACGAUGGGAAUAUCAGCAGCAGAGAGGUGGUUUCGGAUGUGAAGUUUGAGAAGGAAACCCAUGUCAAAGACAUUGAAGGUGAGUGUCCAGUGUGUUUGUCGGUCUUUGCCGAUGGCGAAGAAGUGAAGCAGCUGAGCGUCUGCAAACACUCUUUCCAUGCUCCUUGCAUCGAUUUGUGGCUCAAUUCUCAUUCUAAUUGUCCGGUUUGUCGUGCUUCUAUCGCCGUUAAGCGUCCUAAAGUCACAGCCUCGGCCAGAGAUGAAGAUAAUCAGCAAGGUUUGCCGGAUGCCUCUGCCUUGGUUUGACAGUAUUUACCCAGAUUAUUCUUGGUCUUCCUCUUUUUCUUCAUCUUCUUUAUUUGUUUUCUUCUUUUGGAAAAGUGAGUGCUUUUUUUGUUUGGCGAGAAGGCAGUUAACUUUUUUGCUUUUUCACCACUUCACCAACAAAAAAAAAAUGUAGUUUAUAGUGUUGGAAUUAUGAGAGGCUUCGAGCACCAAGAAGAUGGGGGAAUUCAAGGCAGGCAAUUAAUUAGGGUUACAGAUGUCUGACAUUCUGUUUUGAUCGAUCCUGAAUCAUUUCUGUUCUAACACUGAGAAAUAACAAGUUUGAAGCCCUUUACAUCAAGAUAGCUGGACAGAGAAUCAAAUAUAUUUGAUCAGUGGGAAAUCCAAAAAAAAAAAGAAGAAGAAGAAGAAGACAGGGCACUAAAGCUUUAUUAAUGUCGUAAACAGGGUACUUCAGAUCGAUAAAGAACAAAAACUGCCAUUAAUGCUGAGGAUGCUGAGAAAUGGAAGAGAAGGAAGCGUGUGCAAAUCCCAUAGUUAUGGAACUCGGAGAAAUCCCAGCUCUAAAAUCUCAUCCAAGUGUCAGAAAUAUCUCCAUAUGGAUCUCAAGUUUCAUGUUCACCAUUAAUUAUGGAUGCUUGUAAAUUGCAGUGACACGUUACUGGGAAAGAGCCAAAUCAGUUUCUGGACUCUUUUGCCACUUCUUUUUGUCCUACUUUUCCACCCCACUUGAAUAAAUGGAGAACAUCUGCAAAGUGGCAUUAAUAUUCA